AUGAAUAAGUUGUGCUUUAUUUUAAUUGGGGUGUUGGCCAUAACGAUGGUCAAUGGACACAUUCGCAUCCUCUUCCCAAUAUCUAGAAUGUAUGAUUUCGAUUUUAUCGUCAAUUUUAGAUCACGAAGUCCUUGUGGAAUGCCGGAAAAUGCAACCGGCCAAGGUAUCUUUAAAACGAAAUUAGUUGCUGGUUCAACCUUUGAUAUGACAUGGCAUUUAGCAUUUGCUCAUCAAGGUGGAUUUCGAAUUCAAAUUUUACAACGUAAUGGAGUUGUAAGCCAUGAAUUAACACCGACCAAUGACUCGGUGCCAUGGUUCUCCUCGGAUAAUGCUACUAUUCAAAAUUAUCUUGUUACCCUUCCUCAAGGCUUUACUUGCGAUCAUUGCAUUAUACGCCUUAUACGCGAUGUCGCCGAAAGAUCAACCCCUACUAAACCGUUCCAAUAUUGGAGUUGUGCUGAUGUUGAAAUUGGCAAUUUUCCUUGUACACAAUUAAAUUGUUACAAUGGCGGAACGAUAGCAUCUAAUUGUAAUUCAGCAUCGCCAACAUGUAGUUGUGCUACUGGUCUUGUCUCGGGCAAUCGAUGCGAAUUUGUCAACGAGUGUGAAACAACUUCAGACUGUAAUGGCAAUGGCCAAUGUCUGACUAUUAACCAAGAUUAUUAUUACCCUUUAAAGCAAUGUUACUGUUCUCCUGGCUAUUAUGGCUAUCGAUGUUCCCAAACUUCGAGUCUUACUGUCGCUAUGCCUAGCGAUUUAACGUCAUAUUUCUAUUUUCGACUGGAUAAAAAUAGUGAAAUGUGGUAUAAAAUGUUAUCUGCUAGCAAUGAAAUUGAAGUAAUCCAUAAAACGCGAUCGAUUACUUGGGUAGGAUUAGGCUGGCGACCACAAGGUUUGAUGGAGUCUUGUCAGUUUUAUCCGGCCGGAGCAGCACCAGGUUUAGCUUUUGGUCCACCAGGUUCUCCUGGAGAGAGCAAUCAAGCAGAAUCAGAUGCUAAGAAAACGCCAGUAAAGCAUUCUAUGGCUUGUACAGACAUGGUGAUUGGUAGUGUUCGCGGAAAUACUGUUCGAAUUUUCGAUUACUACUCUCGUGAUCGCGGUACACCUAGAAAAGAUUCUUAUUAUGGCGGAAUAGAUAGCAUUACAUCAGCAGUAGGUUCAGAAGUCAACGGUGUUACAACGUUAAGAUGGCGGAAAAAGUUAGCGGCCGAUGGACCUACCGAUCACACUAUCAUCGAUGCACCCUUGGAUAUUAUUUAUGCUUAUGGUCAAAAAGUGCCAUUUACCCACGAGAAGCCUUCGGGUAUUAUUAAUACCACUCGCGAAACGACAUUUUAUGGCGAUGAUGAAUUAAAAUAUCAUGGUUUUGAACAUCGAGGUCGUCGUUCGCUCAAUUUUUUCUCAGAUAAUCGAUUGAAUGCCGCUACCUGUGGCGGUAGUUGGACUUCCAAUUGUGCAGGCAAUACGUGUAGCCAAACUUUAGCGUGGAAUGUGUAUAAUGAUGGAACAGUGCAUUUCACGAUGUCUGCAAAGACCGAUAAAUGGCUUGCAUUGGGUAUUUCCAACGACGCUAAAAUGCCCAAUUCCGAUGCUAUUGUGGGUUGGGUAUCCAAUGGAGCUGUUGUAUUAAUAGAUCGCUUUCUCAAGACGUAUUCUUUACCCGCUAUCGACGCCAUUAGCAAUGUUCAAGUUGUCAAUGGUUCCCUUAUUAACGGCGUAACAAUCUUGAAUUUUAUUCGUCAAAUUAAUACUACCGAUACGCAAAAUGAUAUCAGUUUGCAUGGUUGCCAUUAUUUUUUCUUUGGCGUUGGUGGAGCUUAUAAUAAUAAUACAUUGGAUAUUGCAGCCCAUCCUUCAAUACCUGCUAUCACUAGUCAAAAAAUAUGUAUUGAUGCCAGUCAAUGUUCUCAAUUUAAGCCACCAGGUAGUGGUACAGCUGGAAUCUUUACCAUAACCCAUUUACUGACGACGAUGAUAGCCGUUGUCCUAUCCAACAUUUUGCUUUAA